UACCAGGCAUCUGUAGACCAGGGUCCCUUGUAUAAAAGUGGCAGAAGUCUUAACACUGGUCCAAUUUCUCUCCAACUUUAAAUGGUUUUGUGCAAUUCAUUUUUUGGAUUAAUGGUGUAUAGAAAUAAGUGAUUAGUGAUUUGAUAUUCUUCGUUCAGAAAUGGCGUCUACUUUCAAUACACUCUACUUAGACUGUCUGUCCGAUGAAGUGCUACUGAAGAUAUUCAAAUACAUCACAGAUUUAAAGGAUUUGUUUACUUUACGUCUGCUGAGUGAACGUAUCGCUGCUGUUGCCCAGGACAUGUCAGUGGCUCAUACUGUCAUCUGCACUAGACAAUAUUGGCUGAAGACAGGUAUGUUGAAAAAAUAUAUUGAACCUAUCCUUGAUAAGAUGCAUACUCUUGAUCUCAACUAUUGUUAUUGGAUAAAUCUAGAGGAGCUGACCUCUUUACUGAGAUGCACAAAUCUCCGCGCGCUGCAUCUAAUGCAAGUGAAAAUAGACGAGGCCUCUCUUUGUAAAAUGUUAUCCCAGCUACCUCACCUGACCAGCUUGUCUAUUUCUAUCCGUGACAUUGAAAAGUUUAAUCAAGAAGUGAACGGCUGCAAGGCAGUCCAGGAGUGUUUGUCUCGGAUCCGCAAGCUGAGCAUUCACUUCUGGAACCAUAAAAAGUACACAGAGGACAAUUUUGAACAGUUAGUCAGAUUUAGCAGCGGAUCUAGUUUUGUGGAUUACUUCCACAGCCUGGAGGAACUCUACGUCUACGGCUGCGCCAACAACGUCAGGUGCUUCCCCUUGUAUUACUUCAGUCCUGCAGUGGAGAAUGUCAGCAGUCUGAAAAACAUGAAGGUGAUGUCCCUUAACAAAUCGUAUGAUGACGCUUCGACAAUACUUUUUUACAGUCUUUUACGCUCUGUCUGCAUGGUGGGAGUCCAACUGAGAACAUUGCUCCAACCAACGUACGAUUUCAAUCUAGAGUGGAAGGAGCGUGAUUACCUGGAUACGAUGGAUGACAUGAAAACACUUGUUCACUUGGACAUUUCUGGAUCACAACAGCGUAUCUAUAACGGCAUUUUCAACUUUACAUCAGCCACUCAUCUCCAGUAUCUAAACCUGUCAGGGAAUAAUACAGUAGAUUCUGAAAGUCUGUUAUUUCUGUCACGUUGCUGCCCACAGCUAGUCAGUAUCAAUCUCCACAGUUGCCCCAGUAUAUUUCUGAGACAUGCAUUUGGUUAUUUGGGCCGAGACUUUAACAACGAUCCAUUGGUCAAAGACCUGACCGGCUUUCAGAGUUUACUAGUCCAGUGUGUGAAAUUAGUUCACUUAAACAUUAGUGGCUAUCACAUUCAUCUAACAGACUUGAACUCACCAUCCUUCAGCAGUAUAACAGCGCUCCUGUCUUUAAAACCUAACUUAAUAAGCCUUUCCUUAUCACACUGCUGCCUGUACACUGGAGACAACUGCCCAAGCUCAGGCUUACGUAAUCCAAAAUUCAACACAAGAUGCAGUUCGUGCUACUUACCUGUAAUAGGUGGUUCGGGCUCUCCCAAGUGCACAUACAAAGCCACGCCAGAUAAGUUUGACAUUCAAAAGCUCAUCAGAGCUACCCCAGAAAUGGAACACUUUGAACUCUAUGCAGCUUAUCACCAGUCUAAUUUCAACCAUCCUUCUGGGUUGCUUCGACAUCCCCGCAAUGUGUCCCAGUGUCUAGCCGCUGUGAUUGUGCCUUAUGAUGAGCUGAGGUACGUGGGUCUUUGGAAUAAACUGAAAACACUACGGCUUACGGGUCUCAAAGGCAACAAGCUUGCAGAUUUUUUCAAAGCAAUCGCUGGAGGGUGUGUAUCCCUUGAAAGCUUGUCCAUCUCAAGCACCUGCUCUAGAAAAUCGCUAAAGUUGAAACGAUUACCAUGCUUUCCAAAAUUGAAGGACUUGCGACUGGAACAUCCGUACUUUCCGGUGGACGAAGAUAUGCUCUCAUCCAUAGCCCAGUGUCCGAAACUUGAGAGAGCCUGCAUUAUCUCCCACAUCGAAAACAUCGACAGCUUCGCCAUCAAGCAACUUUUAACUAACGUUCCAAGAUUGGUGAACUUUCAGCUUUUUUCUCAUGCUUCCGAGAGGAAGUGCUUCAACCUAAUGGCUUACAUAUCAGAAGAGCUCAGUCAGAGUCGUCCUGACCUCUCUGUAUGUAUCUGUAACCUUCGUACAUUCGACCUGGAGCUUAUGAUCACAGAAUAUCUACCUGACAUACACAUCGAAGAGAUGACCCUCCUUCGAUCAAGAGUGGCUACUUCACCUCGCGAGUAGCAAACUGUUGUCAAUUGCCAAGUAGAGCAACGCGUACUAUGUCAUACGUUGAACCAACCUGGCACAUUGGUUAGCAUCUACCAGUUGAAAAGUUACUAUUACCAAGGUACAAUGGUUUGGAAAUAUGAGGAAAAAAUGUGUUUUAUAUUUAUAUAGCUUGCAGUUUUCACUGAAAUGUAAGUUUUUUUUUUGUUUUUUUUUAAUCUCGAAUAGGCAAUAAUGUUUUCUUUUCUAUGUAACAGGAACAGGCAAUUUAUUUAUUUCAAUUUGUAUGAGUAUAAAUCUCAAGGAGACUCAUUUCUUUAAGUUUAAGUUUUGUUUUUAUAAUGUAAUUAUAUUGUUCAUGCAUUAGGACCUACAAUAUCCUGUGAGUAUUUGACUUCAAAAAAAACUGUUUAGGUUGAGAUAUACAUGCAGGAUUAGUACAAUGUCAUCAAAUCAAGCAUUUCAACUUAUAGAGCCAGUUUCUGUAUAGCCCAGCAACAGUAAAAAAUAAAACUUCACAUUUGUAUUCUUCUUAAGCUUCUAUGAUCAUUUUAUGUUUUUUUUUUGUUUUUUUUUAAAUAAACACUUGCAUGUCA